AUGUCAAACACUGCCACCGAUGCAGGAAAGGCAAAGCCCGAGAGACUGCCUGUGACAGUCUCCAAACCUACCCCUUACACCUUCGACCUGGGCCAUCUCCUCGUUAACGACCCCAAUCCCCUCGAGCUGCCCCGUUCCGAAUCCCUCAAUGAAUCGCUCAAGGCCACCGCUCGCGAUGGCACCCAGUGCCUUCUGAACCAACUCCUCACAACCUGCCCCAUCACUUCUUCCACACAACAGGGUGUCCUCCUUACUCUUCCUCCCCCGUCUACCGAUCUCCCCCGACACAAGCCCCUGCCUACUCCCAAGGCUCCGACGAAAUGGGAGCUGUUCGCCCGCAAGAAGGGGAUUGGCAAGUACAGCACGAAGGCUGGUGGUGCGUUGGCGGACAAGGAGCGUCGCAAGAAGCUGGUCUACGAUGAAGAGAAGGGUGACUGGGUGCCUCGCUGGGGUUACAAGGGUAACAACAAGAAUGAUGACGACUGGUUAGUCGAGGUGAACGAAAAGGACUGGAAGAAGGAAGAGGACGCCGCCGCCAAGGGAAGCUCGAUUCGCGGCAUGUCACGAGCGGAGCGCAAGGACAGGAUAAAGCGAAACGAGAGGAAAAUGAGGAACAACGACCGGAAGUCGAGAAAGACGGGCGGUGGUUGA